AUGCCCAACAACUCAACAAAAAUCCUCUUAUUAACAACGUUAACAAGAGGUAUUUUAAUCUCAAUUUCCUCUAAUUCAUGAUUUGGAGCAUGAAUGGGGUUAGAGAUUAAUUUACUAUCAUUUAUUCCAAUAAUGAUAGAAAAAAAAAAUAUCUACACCACAGAAGCCUCACUAAAAUACUUUAUUGUACAAGCAGGGGCUUCAUCAAUACUAUUAUUCAUAGUAAUAAUAAGAGCAAUAGAAGAAAGAAUAUUAAUUAACUCGGACAACUUAUAUACACAAAUAUUAAUAAACACACCCCUAUUACUAAAAGGGGGGGUCGCCCCAAUACAUUGGUGAUUCCCUGGAGUAAUGGAGGGGUUAAACUGAAAUAAUUGCUUAAUUCUAAUAACUCUACAAAAAUCCGCACCCCUAUCCUUAAUCUCAUACCAAAUUAACAAUGAUAUAUUCCUAGAAAUAAUCAUUGUAACAUCAGUAAUAAUUGGAGCUAUCGGGGGAUUAAAUCAAACAUCACUACGAAAAAUCAUAACAUACUCAUCAAUUAACCACACAGGUUGAAUAAUAUCGGCAAUAAUUACAGGAAAUGAUAUAUGAGUAACAUAUUUCACAAUCUACUCAAUACUAACAUUAACAGUAGUGUCGAUUGUAAAAACCACCAAAUUAUCUUUCGUUAACCAAAUAGCAAUAACAGAAAAGAAGAACAAACUAACAAAAUUCCUUGUAUUCACAAGAAUUUUAUCAUUAGGAGGUUUGCCGCCAUUCUUGGGAUUUAUACCAAAAUGAAUAGUCAUUCAAGCUAUAAUAACCAACGAAAUAAAAACAACAGCCACAAUAAUGGUUUUAAUAUCAGUAGUAACGUUAUAUUACUACAUACGAAUGACAUACUCAAGUUUAAUAAUACUACACCUAGAAACAAAAUGAUUAAUUGCCCAACCUAUUAAUAAAACACCUAAACACAUUAUUUUAUUAACAUCAAUCUCAAUUACGGGGUUAAUAAUAUCAGAAAUAAUCAUGAACUUAGAUUA